AUGAUGUCUGGAAUCAAGCGGACAAUCAAAGAAACCGACCCUGAUUAUGAGGAUGUAUCUGUGGCCCUUCCAAAUAAGCGGCAUAAAGCAAUUGAGAAUUCAGCUCGAGAUGCUGCUGUGCAGAAGAUUGAGACUAUUAUUAAGGAACAAUUUGCACUUGAAAUGAAGAAUAAGGAACACGAAAUUGAAGUCAUCGACCAGCGAUUGAUUGAGGCAAGAAGGAUGAUGGAUAAACUUCGUGCCUGCAUUGUUGCCAACUACUAUGCUUCUGCAGGCCUUCUAAAAGUUUCUGAGGGAUCAAAAACAUGUGAUACAAUGGUUUUUAAUCAUCCUGCUAUCAAGAAAUUUUUGGAAUCACCAUCUAGGUCAUCCUCUCCUGCCAAUCAGAGAUCAGAAACACCAUCAGCCAAUCAUUCAGAAAGUGAUUCUUUAUCUCAACACAAUGACUUCUUAUCUGACAAAGACAAUAACAGCAAUAUGGAUAUAGAGGAAAGACUCUCAAACAACAUGGAACAGAGACCAAGUCGAAAUACUGGAAGGGACAUUGCUAGUAUUACUGGCUCUCAUAAAACAGAGCAGCGGAAUGCUGAUCUUACAGGAGAUGAGACUUCACGUCUUUUUGUAAAGAAAACAAUAGUAGUGGGCAAUGUGUCCAAGUACAUACCUCCUGAUAAGAGAGAAGAAAAUGACCAGUCAACCCACAAGUGGAUGGUAUAUGUCCGAGGGUCUCGUAGAGAACCCAGCAUUAAUCAUUUUGUCAAGAAAGUUUGGUUCUUUCUUCAUCCCAGCUAUAAACCAAAUGACCUUGUGGAAGUUAGAGAGCCUCCUUUUCACCUCACCAGAAGAGGCUGGGGCGAGUUUCCUGUCAGAGUUCAAGUUCACUUUAAAGACAGCCAGAACAAACGGAUAGAUAUCAUACAUAAUCUGAAGCUGGAUAGAACUUACACUGGCCUGCAGACUCUUGGAGCGGAGACGGUAGUGGAUGUUGAGCUCCACCGACAUUCUCUUGGAGAAGACUCCAUUUAUCCUCAGUCUUCCGAGUCAGACAUCUCUGAUGCCCCACCAUCUUUGCCUUUGACCAUUCCAGCCCCAGUGAAAGCUUCCUCACCGAUAAAGCAGUCACAUGAGCCAGUACCUGAUACUUGUGUGGAGAAAGGAUUCCCAGCCAACACUGAAGCUGAGAGACACACUACAUUUUAUUCUUUGCCGUCUUCAUUGGAACGGACGCCCACCAAAAUGACAACAUCCCAGAAAGUUACCUUUUGUUCUCAUGGCAAUUCAGCUUUUCAGCCAAUAGCGUCAAGCUGCAAAAUUGUGCCACAAAGUCAGAUGCCUAAUCCUGAGUCACCUGGAAAGUCCUUCCAACCCAUCACCAUGAGCUGCAAGAUUGUUUCAGGUUCCCCCAUAUCAACUCCAAGUCCAUCACCGCUGCCUCGAACCCCAACUUCCACUCCAGUCCAUGUGAAGCAAGGCACUGCCAGCUCUGUCAUUAAUAAUCCCUAUGUUAUCCUGGACAAGCCAGGACAGGUUAUUGGAGCCACUACUCCGACUGCAGGAAGUCCUACAAACAAGCUCUCUACUGCUUCUCAGGCCUCCCAAGGAACAGGUUCCCCUAUUCCUAAAAUUCAUGGAAGCAGUUUUGUAACAUCUACUGUCAAGCAGGAGGAUUCUUUGUUUGCAUCUAUGCCACCUCUUUGUCCAAUUGGGAGUCACCCUAAGGUUCAGAGUCCCAAGCCUAUCACUGGAGGACUUGGAGCUUUCACAAAAGUAAUCAUCAAACAGGAACCUGGUGAAGCCUCUCAUGUGCCUGCAACAGGAGCUGCCAGCCAGUCACCACUCCCUCAGUAUGUGACUGUGAAAGGGGGUCACAUGAUAGCUGUGUCCCCUCAAAAACAGGUCCUAACUGCUGGAGAAGGGACAUCCCAGUCACCAAAGAUUCAGCCCUCCAAGGUCGUUGGGGUGCCAGUUGGGUCCACUUUACCUUCAGCAGUGAAACAGGCUGUAGCAAUCAGUGGCGGCCAAAUCCUUGUAGCCAAGGCCAGCUCUUCUGUUGCCAAAGCUGUUGGUCCAAAGCAAGUUGUGACCCAAGGAGUUGCCAAAGCAAUUGUGAGCGGAGGUGGAGGCACCAUUGUUGCUCAGCCGGUGCAAGCCUUAACCAAGGCUCAGGUCACUGCCGCCGGCCCUCAGAAGAGUGGAUCCCAGGGUUCAGACCUCCAGUCUGGCUCAGCUGCGGGCAGUGGUAGUGGCGGAGGCAGCGGUGGCAGCGGCGGUGGCAGCGGAGGUGGAGGAGGAGGAACAGGAGGAACUCAGAGCCCUGCAGGCCCUGGAGGGAUAUCCCAGCACCUGACUUACACAUCUUACAUCCUAAAGCAAACGCCUCAGGGCACAUUUUUAGUUGGUCAGCCAUCACCCCAGACAUCUGGAAAACAGCUGACUACUGGGUCAGUGGUCCAAGGAACGCUGGGAGUCAGCACAUCUUCUGCACAAGGGCAACAAACAUUAAAAGUCAUCUCUGGACAAAAAACCACUUUGUUUACCCAGGCAGCCCCUGGGGGACAGGCAUCACUAAUGAAAAUAUCUGAUAGCACACUGAAGUCUGUACCAGCCACUUCACAACUCUCAAAGCCUGGAACCACAAUGCUGAGAGUGGCAGGAGGGGUUAUCACAACUGCCACUUCCCCAGCUGUGACCCUCUCAGCAAACGGUCCUGCACAGCCGUCAGAAGGAGCAGCUCCCAGUUCAUCAUCUGCUGUAGGCCCUGUAAUAAAAACUUCUGGGCAGCAGCCAGUGUGUGUGAGCCAGGCCCCCGUGGGAACCUGCAAGCCUGCUGCUCCCUCUGUUAUCAGUGCCACGUCCCUGGUGCCCACACCAAACACAAUCUCUGGAAAAGCCACCGUAUCAGGAUUGCUAAAGAUUCACUCCAGCCAAUCCAAUCCCCAGCAGGCUGUCCUGACGAUCCCCAGCCAGCUCAAGCCACUCAGUGUAAAUACGUCUGGAGGUGUACAGACUAUACUGAUGCCUGUGAAUAAAGUGGUUCAGUCAUUUUCUGCCAACAAAUCACCUGCCAUUCUGCCUGUAGCUGCCCCAAACCCAGUUGUCCCCAGCUCUGCUCCAGCAGCUGUUACAAAAGUAAAGACUGAACCAGAAACGCCUGGGCCAGGCUGCCUCUCUCAGGAGGGUCAGACACCAGUGAAAACAGAAGAAAGUUCUGAACUGGGAAACUAUGUCAUUAAGAUAGACCAUUUAGAGACUAUCCAGCAACUCUUAACAGCAGUGGUAAAGAAGAUUCCCUUAAUCACUGCAAAAAGUGAAGAUGCCAGCUGUUUUUCUGCGAAGUCUGUGGAGCAGUAUUAUGGCUGGAACAUUGGAAAAAGGAGAGCUGCUGAGUGGCAAAGAGCAAUGACAAUGCGAAAAGUCUUACAAGAAAUACUGGAGAAGAAUCCAAGAUUUCACCACCUGACUCCCCUUAAAACCAAGCACAUUGCUCACUGGUGUCGCUGCCAUGGCUACACCCCACCUGAUCCUGAGACACUGAGGAGCGACGGGGACUCUAUUGAGGAUGUGCUGACCCAAAUCGACAGUGAGCCAGAGUGCCCAUCAUCAUUCUCCUCUGCGGACAGCCUCUGCCGGAAACUGGAGGACCUACAGCAGUUCCAGAAAAGAGAGCCAGAGAAUGAAGAGGAGGUGGAUAUCCUCAGCCUCCCAGAGCCAUUAAAGAUCAACGUCAAAAAAGAACAGGAAGAGAAGCAGGAAGAAAUGAAGUUGUACCUGCCACCCACACUGGGGUCUGAAUUUAUUGGUGACAUCACACAGAAGAUUGGGAUCACCCUGCAGCCCGUGGCACUUCACAAGAACGUGUAUGCGUCUGUGGUAGAGGACAUGAUUUUAAAGGCCACAGAGCAGCUGGUGAACGACAUCCUGAGACAGGCUUUGGCAGUUGGAUACCAGACAGCAUCUCACAACAGGAUUCCCAAAGAAAUCACAGUGAGCAACAUCCACCAGGCCAUUUGCAACAUUCCUUUUCUGGACUUCCUCACAAAUAAACACAUGGGGAUAUUGAAUGAAGAUCAAUGA